AGUGUGCCACUACAACGUAAGUGAGAGUAUUUAAAUUGUAUUACAAGCUAAAUAGAAUGCGCUUUGAUACAAAUACGCGAUGAUGUCGCGCCAUUGAGCAAUCUACAUUUAACCGUCACAUAGUUAAGUUGUGCUAAGUGGAGUAACAAAAAUUGUGAACGACUUGUGCAGCUCGAAAAUAAUGAAAAACAUAAUUUUUAAAAGCACUGUUCUUGUCAAAAGACAAUUUCGGACGCAGUAUCUAGGAAUCUCGCGAGCCUACUCAAAUCAACAGGUCGGGACAACAAUAGAUGAAUAUGAAGUCGGAAGAUACUCGGAACUUGAAAAGAGCUGGUGGGAUCCAGCGGGCCCUGUUAAAGCACUUCAUUCCAUGAAUGAAAUAAGGGUACCGUUCAUUAUGGAUGGCUUUAUGAAAAGUGCACACAGCGCAGCAGAUAAUGAAAAACCCCUGAAAAAUAUAAAGCUUUUAGAUGUAGGGUGUGGCGGCGGCAUAUUGUCAGAGGUUUUGGCUAAGAAUGGCGCUGAAGUCACAGGCGUAGAUGCGAACAAAGAAAUGAUUGAAGUUGCUAAACGACACAGCCAAUCUAACACGAAAUUAAUCAACAAACCAAUUUACAUUCAAACGACCAUUGAAGAUCACGUGAGUGACUACAAGAAUUACUACGACGGUGUCGUCGCAUCUGAAAUAAUAGAGCACGUAAACAACCCAGAAUUAUUUGUGAGAGCAUCUCUAGAAGUACUGAAACCGGGAGGAAGGAUAUUCUUUACUACCCCCAAUAGAACGCUGAUGUCCAAAAUCUUUCUUAUUUGGAUAGCUGAAUAUGUGCUAAAGGCGAUACCUAAAGGGACACACGACCACAAGAAGUUUGUCAGACCGAGCGAACUGUCGGAGAUGCUACAAAAAAGUCUCGAGGACAAACUACGCUACAUAUCCGUGAAGCCCACAGCCUCAGUUUCGGUGCUUCGCCAGAAAGUAUGGCACUUACUAGACUUGCCGGACUAUUGCGAGGAGGCGAUCGUGCUAAAGGCGGAUGAGACUAAGGAAAUACCUCUCACGGAGUUGCGCAAAGGCAACGACCCUCAACACCCAUACAUAUUGGAAGUAUGGUUGCCCGGAACAGCAUUGCAAUCAACAACAUCAAUGCGUAAUAACAUGCUGACAAUGGGCACUGGCGAGAGCUUUACCAGCGACUUGACCGAGGGUACUUGCGACAAACAAGACACCUCUGGAAACGGUGCUGCUAAUGCUACUUCCGCAAUAUCUAAAGAGACGGUCGCGUUGAAUGGCCUAAGAUUUCCAGACAACAAGUGCAUGAAUUUGUUACACUCUGAUUACAAGAAAUCGGAGAUAUCUUGCCGUAUCUCUAGCACUACCUUGUUCAAAUUGAACAGCAGGAAGAAUCGAGAUAGCUUCACGAAUAUUCUCCUGAAAAUCCAAAGCGAUUUAUGUACUUUGAGCAACAAAUUGUCCAAUUUGGAAAACAGAAUCCCAAUGUGAAUAUGUAUUUUUGUCAACUUGCAAGUUUCAAUAAAAGGAAUUUAUACAAAAAUAAA